CCCGCACAGACGUCAGGCGGCAGGCCCGGCCCCUUCCCACAGCCGGAGGGGGGUUGCGCACAGCGACGGGGGAUCGGGGCGGGGAGAGGCCGUGCGCGCCUAGGGGCGGCAGACCCGAGCGCGCGCCACGGGGGUCGCUGUCAUGGAAACGCACCCGCUCCCGCUGGAGGGCGCGAAGCCGCAUUGUGAGCGCCGGCCCUGGGGCCCGCGGCCCGGCGGCUGAGAGCGAGGCUCGGUCCCGCUCAAUGUCCCCUGACUUCUCCCUGCUCCCUCUCCCGACGGGACGGAAAGGGCCGGGGCUCGGGCACGGGGUCCCCUGCGGUCCGAGCCUGGCCACGGCGAAGCCGGUGCAGCCUGGCCCCGUGACCCCUCUGAAUCCCCGUCCGGCCGUCGCCGUGCCGUCGCCAAGUUUCUGGGAAGAUUAGCGGGAGCGCAGCCGCCGGAGCCCGAGGGCCGGAGGGUCGCAGCCAGUCCCCCUCGCCGGGUCGCCACGUCCCACAGGGUCCUUCCCGGCCGCUCCGUGGGAGGCGGGGCGCGGGUUGGAGUAACAGGGACGGGCGUGAGCUGGUACGGAACCAGGCAAGGUGAGAGAAGUGCCUUCCACGCGAUUCCCAAGCUUCGCUAGGGAAUCGAGGGAGAAGAAAGGUUGCUCAGAGUGAUAAAGAACAUGCCAUUGCAAAUGGAAGCGCAACAUGCCCGAAUCUAGGUGACAGGAAGGGCUUAGGCCUUUUCGGCACGAAUGGAGCUUUCCAGUCAACAUGUUUCUAUGUGAUGCAGCUUUAUGGCGCAAAAAAAAUGACAAUGCAAGGGGCACAAACAGCCUGCUGGACCAAUAGCCCAAGCCUCGAGAGUCUACAUCGGGCGCCUUCAAGCCUCCAAACCACACACUGCAGCGUGGGAAAAGUUCCCACCGUGGCUUGGCGGAGCGACUAACGCGGCGCUCUCUGGGACGGCUGGAAAAGACCGUCGCGAGAGGGCGCAGGGAGUCCCGCCCCACUGAGAGCCCGCCCCCUUGGAGGGGACAGGAAGCGUUCGUCCUGGCCCGGAAGCAGUGUUGACUGUACACGCGCGCUGCGCCAUGGCGGCUCACCGCCCCGGUCCGCUCAAGCAGCAGAAUAAAGCUCAUAAAGGCGGGCGGCAUCGGGGUCGGGGAUCUGCACAGCGGGACGGCAAGGGCCGUCUGGCACUGAAAACCCUAAGCAAGAAGGUGAGAAAAGAACUCAGCAGAGUCGACCAGAGGCAUCGCGCCAGCCAGCUCCGAAAGCAGAAGAAGGAGGCGGUUCUGGCAGAGAAGAGACAGCUGGGUGGCAAGGAUGGCCCUCCUCAUCAGGUACUGGUGGUGCCCCUGCACAGCAGAAUUUCCCUGCCAGAAGCCAUGCAGCUGCUUCAGGAUAGGGACACUGGAACAGUACACUUGAAUGAAUUGGGAAACACCCAGAGCUUUAUGCUGCUAUGCCCCCACUUGAAACAUCGGUGGUUUUUCACGUCAGCAAGGCCAGGGGAUCUGCACACUGUGUUAGACAUGGCUAAAGUAGCUGAUACCAUCCUGUUCCUUCUUGAUCCACUAGAAGGCUGGGACAGCACCGGCGAUUACUGUCUUUCCUGCCUCUUUGCUCAGGGCCUUCCCACCUAUACACUAGCUGUCCAGGGGAUUUCUGGCCUCCCACUGAAGAAACAAAUAGAUGCCAGGAAGAAGCUAAGUAAAGCAGUGGAGAAGCGCUUUCCGCAUGACAAAUUCCUCUUGUUAGACACUCAACAGGAGGCAGGGAUGCUGCUUAGGCAGUUGGCUAACCAGAAGCAACAGCAUCUUGCGUUUCGAGAUCGGCGGGCCUACCUGUUUGCCCAUGCUGUUGAUUUUGUUCCUAGUGAAGAGAAUAACUUGGUGGGCACCUUGAAAAUUUCAGGCUAUGUUCGAGGGCAGACUGUGAAUGUCAAUAGGUUGCUGCAUAUUGUUGGACAUGGCGAUUUCCAGAUGAAACAGAUAGAUGCCCCUGGAGACCCUUUCCCUUUAAAUCCUAGAAGAAUUAAACCCCAAAAGGACCCAGACAUGGCAAUGGAGAUUUGUGCUACGGAUACUGUAGAUGAUAUGGAAGAAGGCCUUAAGGUCCUAAUGAGGGCAGACCCUGAUAGACAGGAAUCCUUGCAAGCAGAGGUUAUCCCAGAUCCAAUGGAGGGAGAGCAAACCUGGCCCACUGAGGAGGAGCUGAGUGAGGCAAAGGGUUUCUUGAAGGAAAGUUCAAAGGUGGUAAAGAAGGUCCCCAAAGGAACAUCCAGUUACCAAGCUGAAUGGAUUUUGGAUGGUGGCAGCCAAAGUGGUGGGGAAGGAGAUGAAUAUGAAUAUGAUGAUAUGGAACAUGAGGAUUUUAUGGAGGAGGAAUCUCAGGAUGAGAGUAGUGAAGAAGAAGAGGAGGAAUAUGAAACUAUGACUGUCGGGGAGUCUGUGCAUGAUGAUCUGUAUGAUGAGAAAGUGGAUGAAGAAGCUGAGGCAAAAAUGUUGGAGAAAUAUAAACAAGAAAGACUGGAAGAGAUGUUUCCAGAUGAAGUGGACACCCCCCGUGAUGUGGCUGCUAGAAUUCGAUUUCAGAAAUACAGAGGGCUUAAGAGCUUCCGGACAUCUCCAUGGGAUCCUAAGGAAAACCUUCCUCAAGAUUAUGCUCGGAUAUUUCAGUUUCAGAACUUUACUAAUACUAGGAAAAGCAUUUUUAAAGAGAUUGAAGAAAAAGAGGUUGAAGGAGCUGAGGUUGGCUGGUAUGUCACACUUCAUGUCUCUGAAGUCCCUGUCUCAGUGGUCGAGUGCUUCAGGCAAGGAGCACCCUUGAUUGCAUUUUCUUUACUACCUCAUGAACAGAAGAUGUCAGUAUUGAAUAUGGUGGUGAGGCGUGACCCUGGCAACACUGAACCCGUGAAAGCCAAAGAAGAGCUCAUAUUCCACUGUGGAUUCAGGCGCUUCCGAGCCUCACCUUUAUUCUCUCAGCACACUGCAGCGGACAAACAUAAAUUGCAGAGAUUCCUGACUGCUGACAUGGCCCUGGUGGUGACAGUCUAUGCACCAAUCACUUUUCCUCCUGCAUCGGUGCUGCUUUUCAAGCAGAAAAGCAAUGGAAUGCACAGCCUUAUUGCUACAGGCCAUCUUAUGUCAGUAGAUCCAGACAGAAUGGUCAUCAAGAGAGUUGUUUUGAGCGGUCAUCCUUUCAAAAUUUUUACUAAGAUGGCAGUAGUACGUUACAUGUUCUUCAACAGAGAGGAUGUGCUGUGGUUUAAACCAGUGGAGCUGAGAACAAAGUGGGGCCGGAGAGGACAUAUCAAGGAGCCUUUAGGUACCCAUGGCCACAUGAAAUGCAGCUUUGAUGGGAAGCUAAAAUCUCAAGACACAGUACUGAUGAACCUCUAUAAACGAGUUUUCCCCAAAUGGACUUAUGAUCCAUAUGUACCAGAACCAGUACCCUGGGUGAAAAGUGAGAGUUCUUCAAUAGUGCCUCAGGAGGGCAUGGAGUAAUGGAUUCAAAGAGAUUCCUUCUUACCGGUACCAGCCAGUAGUCAGGGAUGGGAGGCACAAGUUGUGAUUGGGCAGUUUAUUUUCUAUGUCAGCCUGUCAGUCUGCUGUCCCAUUUUGCAAGACUUUUUUUUAGCCUUGACAAAAUGUCUCAGUUAAGUAUGAAAGUUUUUCUACUACUUAGUCCAAAAAAACUAUUAAAUCUUAAUGAAAUAACCACUCUCCAUUAAGAAUCUGAUAACUAAGAGUUGACUGACUAGGAAACAAAAUGUCUUCAGUAUCUAAAGACACUGAAUCCCACCGUUUCCUUUUCUGUAAAUUAAACAGAAACAGACUGAUAAGCUGGCCUUUCAGCCUGCUUCACCCAAGUUAUGGAGGAGGUUAAGUCUACAUUUCCACCACUAAGCACAAUACAAAUGUUCUUUACUUCUGGGGAAACAGUUUGAAAAUGUUGAGACAGCACAGCAGCCACUCCAACACCAGCUGUAGGUUCAAUGAGUAGUUUCAUCCUCUCCCACACCAGCUGGGUUGCACGCUGUUGAUAUGGAAGGGAGUAGGAAUUAGUGAAAGGGGAGUCUAGUUGGUUUACUUAUAAAGGUCAGAUGAGAAUAUAUGUCCAGUUUGAAUUUUCUUAUCACUGUGUAUACAUGCUUCCCAAAGCUUUUCUUUAAUUCUAACUCUGCUUCUGUCAAGAGGGUUGUCAUUAAUACAUCUAGGGUACCCUCCCAUGUCAUGAAGUUACCUAGUCAAGUUCCCGUGGGUCACUUGCUACUCCUAACAGAAGGUUCUUCUGCCUAAGAAGUUAUACCAUGCUUUGUUAUUUAUUUUCCUGUUGGAGCCUUACCUUAAUUUCAUCCUCUGUAACAGUGAAGAUAUCAUCCACAAGGUCCCUGAUAAUAGGCCAGGUGUUCAAGCCAAUGCUGGAUUUGACACCAUCUGCUAUGGUUUCUGGAGGAUAAAGAUUGGGCAUCAGUUCCCCCUUCAGCUUGGACUGGUAGCAAUCAUCUGCAUUCAAGGGUUCAGCAGCAUAUACUUUCACACUAGGUUUCAGAGCCUGGGAAGAGGAAUAUUAAGACAUCUUACAACAAACCACAACAUUGCCUGUAUGUCUAAAAGAAAAUAGGGGCAGGGUGUGGUGGCUUACGCCUGUAAUCCCAACACUUUGGGAGCCCAAGGCAGUUAGAUCAGCUGAUGUCAGGAGUUCAAGACCAGCCUGGCCAACAUGGUGAAAUGCAGUCUCAACUAAAAAUACAAAAAUUAGCCAGGCAUGGUGGUGGGCACCUGUAAUCCCAGCUACUCGAGAGGCUGAGGUAGGAGAAUCGCUUGAACUCGGGAGGCACAGGUUGCAGUGAGCUGAGAUCACACCACUACACUCCAGCCUGGGCAACAGAGCUAGACUGUCUCAAAAAAAAAAAAAAAAAAAAAAGAAAAUAGGAACAAUAAGUAAUACAUUUCUGCCCAAGUAAGAGCCUUUCAUUUUAUGGAUGUAAUGAAAAUAUUUUCAAGCACUUUAUAAAUAAAUUACAUGUCUGAUACUA